AUGGCGCGCCAUUUGAAGACCGACUGGCUCCAUACCAGUCCUCUCGAGAUCUCGCCAGCCGGGCGCGCUGGCGGCGCGGCGGUCACCGAAAACCAGCUUGAUUCACCGAGCAUACCGUAUAACGAUGCCGAGCUAGAGACAGGAGGUUUGUCACUUGUCAGUCACUUUUCAGUGAAAACCAGGACUUUUAAGAAUAAGAGUGUAUGAAAGAUAACUGGACAUCGAAUUUCUUGAGAGGUUAAAAGAUAAUGGCGGCUCCGUCCAAUCAAAGCACGGACGAUGAGAAGGAUAUAUCAUCGAGUAUCACAAAGAAGGUUAUGGGAGACUCCCUGCAUGAAUAUGAAACGCAGUAUUUCGGCUUCACACCAAAAUCAUUCAUAGAUGGAGUAUACAAUGCUGUUGCUGACUAUCUGUAUGACAGUGUAGAUGCUGCUGACAAAUAUAUUGCUUCUGAGAGCCAGCAGGGAAGGCAUCCUGUAUGCGAAGAAGCAGUUAGAGAGUCUUCUGACAGAUUACUAGCCCAUCUUCAACUAGUCUUUGACAAGGCUUUUGACAGACUGGAGACAUACCUGAUUAAGAACAUCUUUCCUAUCCCGUCUAAUGUCAUCUUACCCGAAGAUAAGAUUCAUAAAGAAUUGACCCCGACGGAAUCGGAUGAAGUCAAACUUGAUACAGAGCUGGAGGAACUUCGACAGAGAAUACUUGAUGCACAAUAUGUGAAUGCUAGACUUGAGCAGUGGUCUAAUACCGUCAAACAGAUUCAAAACCUCUUAGACGAUUUGCUGACCCAAAUGGAAGACUACCAAAAAAUUUGUAUCCAGGAAAAUGUUGCUGAUUUGAAAGAGUCUAUUGUUUUCAUGGCAACCAGAGCGGAGAAGCUACUCGAUCUGUCUCAGACAUUGCACCUUAACAGUGUUACCAGUUCAAAGAAACGAGGAUUGGAGGAUGAUGAUGAUGCAAGCAUUCCAGCAAAGAUGAGUCACCAGAGUGGAUCCCCCUGAAUGGACAUAUUUCAUAUUUAUUGGCCCUGUAGGUCUUGGCCAUGACAUGAAGGAGCUUUGGUCUUGCUUGACGGGAUGCUUCAACAUCAAUGACGUUGCUGAUUUAACCGUAUGCAUGUGCAUCAACUCGGGGUUUUUUGUUCUCUGAUAUAUGAAGGGAAAAUGAUUGAAAUUAUACGUUAGAAUCUAGCAAGUAACUAUUUUGUGAUAUGUAAAGACACCAUAUACACAUCAACAGAAUUCAUGUUGCAUGUCAGGGACACUUUAAAGUUCAACAUGAUAAACUUGCUACAUAUUUAGUGCCUUCAGGAUUUUGAUGUUGAAUUCAUUUCUCUGCUUCAUUGUGUCUACUGAGAAAGAUCUCUGAAUUUUUAAUGAAGUCUCCUAUGAAUGGUAAUGUUAAUAACACUUACAUUUUUGGAUUGGGGAUAAUAAAUAGUACAUUAUUAUCAUUUCAUUGGUGACAGCAAUCUUCAAUUUUUUCAGUUAUAUUUGUUUAUCCAUUUUUAAACUCAUGUAUUUGGACUAUUUUCCAGAUAGAAUUGUAACAUUACAAGGUUUUUUUUUUUUUUUUUUAACAACUAUGUUUAUUCUGUGUUGUAAUCAUAAACAUAAUAUGAAGUGUGAUUUAAUUUUCACUAUGUUGCAACACAUGAAAUGACACACAAUACACACUCUGAGUUAGCUGUAUAAUUAUUUCAUCGUAGUAUUUUAUUAUCAUAUUAUGCUACACACAUACACUAUAAUAUUGCAAUAAUGGACUAAAGUUACUCAAUACAAGCCCCGUUUGUACAUGCCGUUAAGCUAAUCAACCAUUUUUACCCUAAUACAUUUUUUCAAUACAAGAUAGGAGAGGGGGGGGGUCAUACAUUUGGGAGUGGAAGCAGAGAUAGCUACGUUUAGGUAAACACUGAGAGAAUGGGAGAAGAAAAUAUGCUUGUAGCAGAAUUUGUCCCACUUUUGAUACAUCUAUAUAGUGCAAAAAUGUUCUACAUGUACUUUUCGAAAGCCCUCAUAACGAGAGAGGACAGAAAGCAAGAUAUACUUUGAAUUAUUUAACAUUGAAAUGGAGUGAAUUAUUAAGUUAAAGUUGAUAAACUUAUUUCAUAUGAUCAUAUUCCAACAGGUCACUUUACAGGCCAAUUAAGGCACCUUUAAUACUAAAAAGUCAGAGUCAUGACUUUUAUACAGGAAUCCUGCAAGAAUCCUAUUGUCUUUAAUAUAUACUUUAUAACUUUGAAUUUAAAAUGCACUCUGCGUCUUUUUUAGCUCCUUUCCUAUAUUCCCCAUUAUCUAUCACAAAAUAUCUCUGAAAAUUUCAAGUAGAGUAUCAUUGAUUCAAAAUCGACACAAUAAACUACAUAGCUGACAUUGUAAAUAUCCUUGUAAUAUAACUUGUAGAAAGAAUGUAGCAGCUUUAUUAUAUAUGGAAGUAAAUUGUAAUUAAAAUGUUUUAUAUAUAUAUAUAAUAUGGGCAUUUGCUGUUCAUUUGUUUGAUAUUAAAGUGAGGCAACAUAUUGG